AUUUUUCUUCAAAAUGUAAACACAAAAUCGUGAUUGCAGAACGUGAAAGAAAAAAUGUUAAAUAUAAAAUAAAUAUUUAGAAAUACUGGAAGAUCACAGUACAAUUUAUGGAGGUGUUUACAAACGUUGUGUUUUACUCCAUCUUCUUAAAUGAAGCGUGUUUGUAUGCUGCAGCAACACCAAUUGCACACAAUGUGUCAACCAAAGUUUUCCUGAGUAAUGCAAGUUUAUUAGCAAAUGAAACCAAGCUAAAGACAGAUGUCAGUUCGGUAUUCGAAUCAAUUCAAAUCGUGACAACGACAAAGAAGAAGACAGGAGGUCGUUCGGUAAACAAGGAACCAUGCUGUCUUCAUGGUAUUACAGCUGGCCAUCAUGGUCUUACUUGUAUAGCAAGAAAAGAUUUUUCCAAAGUGAGAACAAAUCUGCAUCAUUAUUUAAAACAGAAGUUUGUCAAAUCGAGACACAAAAACCACCUUACGGAGUUGUCUAAAAAAGUUGAAAAAUGUGCUGAAAAUGAACGAUUAAAAAGAAUUUUUCGAAAAUGUUGCAUUCGGACUCAAGUUAAAUCAGGUCGUAUAAAAAAUCCUGAAUACCAUACAUAGCAGUUAAAAAAUAUGGUGGCAAAAUUAAUGACGUAAUGCAACUUGAAGUUGGUGUCUUGAGUUGUUCUGACAAUGAAUUAAAACAUGUUACUUAAAGAUACAUACAGUAGCAUUAGAGCUGGAAGUCCUGGAAGAAUCUUUUGUUAGUCAAACACGGAAAUGCCGAGUAUUUUGUUAUAGAUAAAAGUCCCUUCAAUAUUAAUGAAGUUCUUAUAGAUACCUCAGUAAAAGAAAAUUUACAUGGAUUUAUUUUUGCAAUCUUGAGCUGCAAAAUUCUUUCUGUGAGUAUCUUGGGAAGGAGAGUAAACUUUUACUUGAUUUAAUGUAACAAUUUUCGUCCAAGUUAAUAAAAAUAUGACUCGAAAACAA